GCCUUGCAACGACACCAUCGCCAAAAGGGAAUGCUUCAGCGCGCAAUCGUCGUGGGCGGGGGCAUCGGGGGCCUCACCGUGGCGCGGGCCUUGCGCCAGCGAGGAAUCCAAGUUACGUUGCUGGAAAAGGCCCCGGCGUUUCUUCCAACGACAGGCGCAGCCUUUGGGUUGUCGUCGAAUGGUCAAAUCUGCCUUGAAUCCCUCGGGCUCGGCGACGCCCUUCGGCCGAUUCUACACCCCUUCCGCAAGUACCACGUGACCGUGCCUAACGACACGCUCUUCGAAGACAAUUACUUUGAGCGCCUCUUGGACGAAACAGGUUUUAGCAUCUCGGGGACUCUGCGCGCCGACUUGGUCCGCGUGCUGGCCGACUCGCUCGGGGAUGGCGUGAUUCAGUACAACAGCAAGGUUGUGUCGAUCCACCAAACGCCAUCCGACGUUCGUGUCACGUUGGCUGAUGGGGCGACAUUGGAUGCAGACAUCCUCGUCGGCGCAGACGGCAUCAACUCGACCGUGGCCACUGCUGUUGAUACAACACGUGAUACCCCAGUCUAUUGCGGCCACAAUGUCUUUUAUGGUGUUCUCGACCAUGUUCCGGCCAACGCGGCAGCCGGCACGCUCCUGCAGCACUACGACGUCGGGGAAUACAUUCAAUACCCUGCCGGCGAAUCGAGUUUCAUCUGGGCGCAAGCGUACAAAGCAGACGCUCCGCCCAUGCGCUCGAAAGAAUGGACUGGUACGUGCGAGGGAGCGAUCCAAGCAUUUGCAUCCAAGCUGCGCUCCGACCACCCCUUGCACACCACCCUCGCGACGACCCCCGCCAACCGCAUCCUGCAUUUCGGACUCUACUUUCGCAAACCCAAGUCCAAGUGGCACAACAACCGGGUCGUCUUGCUCGGGGAUGCGUGCCAUGCGACCCUGCCGUAUGCUGGCCAAGGCGCGAACCUGGCGAUCGAGGACGGUGUCGUGCUGGCCCGACUGCUGGAUGAGCACCGCAACGACCACCCGAGUGUGGCAUUUCAAGCAUUCUACAAAGCGCGGUUCACCCGCACGAAGCGCAUUGUCGACAUGGCGUGGUACAUGGGCAAGUUGGCGCACAUGGAUGGCCCGAUCUCGAAGCACGUUCGGCACGCUGUGCUGAAAGCAAUAUUUGCCACUGGACUCGCACUCAAGGGCGCGAUCGCCGAGAUCACAGACAACUGCCCCGUCCCUCUGCCCAAGAAAACGAACAAGACUGCCAGUUGAGCGCCGCUGUCUCAUGCGACAAUAACGGGAAUGUUAGCUGCAUUCGAGUCACGACCAACCAACCCCCAUUCCAAGGAUGUAUGUGGCGACCUCACAUUGUCGCCGUAACGUGGUAAAAUUGCUUGAGCAACGACUAACUCGAAACAGAACAACAACCGACAGCGUGAGCCGUUGUCGCACAAACAGAAUCGCCUUGUCC